CUUUCUCAUCAUUAUCACGGUGACUAUGAGAUGUUAACUACCACGCCUGGUACGCAGAAGGUCCUGGGUUUGCUCCCAAUCCUGACGAUGCCUGCUGCUGCACAUUUGGAGUUUGCGUCGCUCCCGCAUCACCGCACGUCACUCCAGGGUCACCGCGCGUUGCCUCGCGUCGCCGUGCAUCCUAGACCGCUCCGAUCUGUAUGUACGUGUACGCGAGCAGUUCUGCUGCAUCCACAGAUGCUGCCAAAACGUACAACCAACGUGGUGGUGGUGUUGUUUUGCAGCCGAGGACACCGAGAGCAGUUGCACCAUCAUGCAGGACACUCGCUGUCACUGUAAAGACGGCUUCCAGAGGGCUGCCCCAUCGGACCCUUGCAUGGAAGCGGAGGAAAAAGCAGAGGUUGCUGGAGCUAUCGUCGUGGCUGUAAUCGGUGCUGCCAUUUUCCUUGUGGCGACGCUGGACCUCCUUCUCUACUGUCAUAAACGCUUCCCCUGGGGAAGAAAUCCUGUUACAAGUGAGAACAUAGCUUUGAAUAAUGAAGAGCGUUUGAAUGGGUUGAGAAAUAAUUCAGUGUGCAGUAAUAUCUCCAGUCAUAAUGAAAUGAAUAGCACAGAGGAUUUCAUCGGCAAAAUGAUCGCGCAAGGCAGAGAAGGCAACUGGAGGGACGUCGAGAGGGAGUUGCCAGAGUUGCGAGAGUGGAUCGGCAAAACUCCCUCCCUUUUCCUGCACGAGCUGAAGAGGAGGAAUGUGGUUAAAGAAGAGGAGUACUGGAGGGCGUUUACAAUUCCCGACGCCGCCAAGCGCGUGGACUCAAUCCUGUUGCCCGUCAUGAUACGAGGGGAAGGCAAACGCCGAGAGCUGCUGGAGACACUCGAACAACAGCGGAGCAGGGAACGGCAUUUCCCGGACAUGCUGAAGAAGAGCCUUUUGUGCUCGCCCACUCUGAACCCCAACUCGGCACAUCGACAGCUGCAAAUGUCUGCUGAUCUCAGCACAGUGACGUGGAAAAAGGAAGAGCAGCCUUACUCUGAUCACGGAGAAAGGUUUAAGCAGUGGGAAAUAGUUCUCUGCUUCGAGAACUUCUCGUCAGGAGACCACUACUGGGAAGUGGACGUGAGAGCCUCUAGAAACUGUUCUAUAGGCGUCGCACGUGGGUCGAUUCCUAGGAAUCGUCAAGAAAAGUCUGGCAGGUUGGGCUGGAAUGAGCAGUCUUGGGCGUUCAUUCAAUGGGAUUCGAAUUACUCUGCAAGACAUGGCGACCGAUGCAUUAAUUAUCCGGAGAUUAAACAUUUGCAGAGAGUCGGCGUUCGCUUGGACUUUAACACAGGAAAACUUGCGUUUUACAACGCCAUCACCAUGGAGCUGUUGCACUCAUUCGACGACAUUCCAAGUGAGCCGCUCUGUCCAGCUAUGCAGGUGAACUCGGGCUCAGUCGCUAUUUACGAAGCUCAAUCAUUGAAGAACCUGAAUGUGGAUGAGAGCAGAGAAGAUAUUCGGAUUUGUGAUCACUUUGCAAACAGUGGAGAUCAUCGCACAAACAACACCGAUGCAAAGACGGGUGACAGCGAAGAUGAAUUGCUCAGAACGACGACGGAGGAACCUCUGGUGGCACGAGAGUUGAUCGGUAGGAUCCCUGCACUGCUACAUCGCGAGUUGCUCGUCCAGGGUCUCAUCACACAAUCCGAGCUCUCAGAAGUCUAUUCCAUACCCAGCGCAUCAGCACGAGCUGACUUCAUCAUAAGCCGUCUCGUUUGCAAGAAGAAAAAGAAGCCGCAACUCCAAAAGAUUCUGUGUGAAUAUCGUGAAAAGCAAGAGGCAUUCCUGAAAAUGCGGAGAGAAUCGAGCACUUGCUCACCGACUCUGAACCCAAACACUGCACAUCGGAACCUCCAGAUUUCUGCCGACUUUAAAACCGUCAGGACUUCCACACACACCCAACCUUACCCUUACAACUCAGAUCGGUUCGACCACUACCAAGUAGUUAUUUGCUCUGAGAAAUUCGUGUUCGGUCGCCACUACUGGGAGGUGGACGUGAGAGGUUGUGAGAAAUUCGUCAUCGGUGUCACGUAUGACUCAAUACCACGGAAAGGUUAUGACAAAGCCUGUAAAAUUGGGUUCAAUGAAGUUUCGUGGAGCCUUAAGAAAUGGGGUAACGCCUACAAGGCGGUACAUAAUGAGACAGAAACAAAACUGACGGUGCGAGAUGCUCCCAAAAGAGUCGGGGUUCACCUGGACUGGGAGGCGGGCGUCUUGUCAUUCUACAGCGCCGACUCCAUGUCGCUGCUGCAUCGAUUUCAAGGAAAAUUUGAUCGAGAGCUGUACCCUGCAAUGGCCGUGCUGCGUAGAAGUCUCUCAAUAUGGCCGUUGAUGUACGCAGAUGCUCGUUGUUAGAGAUGAGAGGCUCCUAUUUGAGCAGUCACCCAUGCGACCCCUGUAUGUAUGUAGAGUAGCUCCCUGGCCAACCGCGAGGGUUCAGGUUCCUGAAAACCCUCGCGUUUGAUAAAGUUACAGGGGCCUAUGGGUUGUAGGGGUUAGGGAAACCGCGCGUGUGGCUAGUCUCGUCAUAGCUUAACUAAGUUGCCUAUUUAUUUCCUAAACUAUGUUACGUAAUAAAAAAAUAUAAACACGAUAUUAACUUUACAUACCUUUAAAUAUUCACAAUGAUUAUAAUUAGGAAGUAUUAACGACGAUGAUGAUGACGAUGACAAUGAGAUGAUGGGGAAGGGCUGGUUAGAAGGAGGGGCUCAGCCCAGCCAUGGCCCCUUCAGACCACAGACGCAACUCCCUCUCAUUCUCGCCACUCGCUGCAUGCUUGGGUCCAUGAUUAAGGGCAAAAUGAAUGUGCACCAUGGAGUAAUGUACAACAAAACAGACGGCCAGCUGAUCAGCUGAGCAGCGCCAUGGCCCCGUGGAAUUUGUAUUACAUUUCGCGGUUCGCAAAGCAUACAAAACAUCUGCAUUGAUGUCAGGUGUUUACGUAUUUUUAUGUUAAUGUGUUCAUAUAGUCGAUGGUACUGCUAUGUUAAGACGCUGUGUAAAAUGUAUUUUUCAUGCUUAUGAAUCAAUGUUAUGCUAAUGUACGAUUUUAUAAUUUCUGCGAUUCAGUGUAUAUACGGUAUUCCGAUGUCCUAUUUCAUCUUUAACUUGAUUCUGUGAGAGUCAUAUUUUGUAUUAAACUCCAUACAGUGAUUGCAUACAAAACCAUUG